GGGACAAGAUGGUGGCGCCGGGCGCGCUGCGCGUGGUGCGGUGCGGGGGCAGCGGCCUGCGCGGCGCCAGGGCCGUGUUCUCCGCCGACUCCAAGUACCUGCUGUGCGCCUCGGGGGACUUCGUGAAGGUGCUCAGCGUGAACACCGAGGAGACCCUGCGGCUCCUGUGCGGCCACGCCGACCUGGUGACCGGCAUCCAGCUCAACCCACACAAUCACAUGCAGCUCUAUUCUUCCUCUCUCGAUGGCACCAUUAAGGUGUGGGACUUCAUGGAUGGCAUUCCCAUUAAAACUUUCACUGUAGGAUCCAAACUUCUGGCACUGUACACGCUUGCUAGUGCUGAGGACUUGGUGUUUGUUGUCAUUCCAAAGAAGGGUGAACGAGAUACAUUCCAGCUGGUCUCAGUUAAGCUGACAAAAGGAGCAGGCCAAGAUCUGGAAUGCAAGGAGCUCUCAGUGGUUCUGGAUGGGGUGGGUGCAUCAACGAAGCAAAUUGCAUUUGGAAGAGAAGGUGCAUAUGUGGUAUCAGUAAAGGAUGUGAAUCUCCAAGUUUAUUUUUUUGAAAAGAAACUGUUGAACAGGUUUUCCUUAAGUACAGUGAAGACAAAGGGAGACAAUCGCUUCAGUUGUGUUGUGUGCCAUCCUACGGAGGAUUGCAUAGCAACUGGCCAUGCUGAUGGAAAGAUUCGCCUCUGGAGGAAUUUCCGGCACAGGAAAGCGUACACAUAUUCUGCACUGCACUGGCAUCAUGAUAUUGUCAUGGAUCUGGCUUAUUCUGUGGAGGGAACCAGGUUGCUGAGUGGUGGAGUUGAAUCUGUUCUAGUCCAGUGGCGCAAUGAAUCUUCAUGCCAGAAGGAUUUCCUGCCUCGUUUGGGGUCUCCUAUCGAGUACAUCUCCAUGUCCUCUGACGGCGUUCUCUGCUGCACCCUGCACACAGACAACAGAAUUACAAUAAUCAACAGCAACCUAAGGUUUUCCAGAAGUAUUCAAGGGCUAAUCAAAAGUAGGGAUGUCAAGACUGGCCUAGUGGUUGAUCCUAGAACCAAAGCUUUGGUCCUGAAUGGAGAGCCAGGCCACUUGCAGUUCUAUUCCCUCCAGAGUGACCAACAGUUGUUCAGUCUGGACAUUGUGCAGCGCCAGUACAUCCACCAGGCGGGUCUGAAGCAGUCGGACCUGGUGAAGGUCGCGUUCAGCGCUCGGGGCACCUGGCUGGCCACGGUGGAGGAGAGUGAAGAAGUGACUGACCCCGAGCUACAGCUGAAGCUGUGGUUCUACAGUGAAGAGACACAAAGCUUUGCACUGAACACCAGAAUAAACACGCCCCAUGACAACCAUAUCACAGAUAUGUGCUUUCGUGACAUGGAUGGGCUGGGAGAUGACUCUCUCAUACUGGUAACAACUGGCAGAGACUGUGUGUUUAAAGUCUGGGUGAUAGUAGAAGACUCUGAUCCAGAAGCACACCAGAGUGUGAGCUGGAGCUGUGACUUUGUAGGCAGUUACCACAACUACCAAGCUACGAACUGCUGCUUCUCAGAAGAUGGCUCUUUGCUUGCUGUUAGUUUUGAAGAAACUGUCACUGUAUGGGAUUCACUUACUUGGGAUCUUAAGUGUACAUUUUGCCAUCCACCUGGAAAUAUAAGGAACAUCUGCUUUGGGAGACUAACAUGUUCCAAGUACCUUAUUGGUGCCACUGAUUAUGGCUUUCUGUGUUGCUGGAACCUGCUCACUUGUGCAUUGGAGUGGAGUGCCCACCUCAACGUCGUAGUUCUGCAACCUGAUCCUCUUUCUGAACAUAUUGCUGCAGUCUCAUGGCUCUCCAAAGAGUCCAGCUUGUUUGUGUUUAAACCAAGUGAGCCACGGCCAAUCUACAUACAGAGAAAUCUUUGUAAAGAAAAGAUCCUGCUUGCUGCCUUCGUUCCAAGAGAUGAACCUGAAAUGAUAAGCUCAGAAAAAUACCUUUGGCUAAGAAAUUCCCAGCUGUUUUUUCUUACAGAUACACAAGAGCUAAUGACACUUAGCACAAAGUCUCUAGAAGAAAGACUCACACCAUCAAGCAAACAGCUGGCAGUGGAAGAAAGUCUUCCUGUGACACCAUUUAGUGUGCUGUUGGGAAAGCACAGACGUCAGCAAGCACAGGAGGAUAUAGACCUUGGAAAACCAGUUGUUCAUAAUAAGCAGGAGCAAGCUUCACCUGCUGUCAAAGAGCUUUUGCACACUCCAGCACACGUUUUGCCAUCUGCUUCCUUCCUCUGCACUAUAUUUAUUAACUCAUUGCUCAUCUCCAAAGAGAACAAAAGUGCUGAAGAAGUUGCUGAUGAAGUAGAAAUGGAAAGUGAAAAAGCAGAGGAUGAUUCAGAUGAGGAAGAUGUCACAGCAAUGGAACAAGAAGAUACAAGCCACGUGGAAUUAUUAGGAGAGAUGACAUGUAAACUGUCUAAAUCCCAGGAAAAAGAGCUACGAAAAAUAAGAAAAAUGGACUACAGUUGGAUAUCAGCCUUCUAAACAGACAUCUUACUUUUUUUAUACUGCAAGCUGAAGCUUUGUGGAUUAAGUAUUCUUUAAAAAAAAAAUUCAGGUCCUCUGGCCAAAAAUUUUAGCAGCUUCUCUUUCCAAAGGAAUGCAGAACAAGGGGCAGUGAUUAAAGUUUUGAAAAGCUGAUUCUGCUCUAAGUUCAUUACUGAUUCUCUGUGAACUUAGAAAAUGCUUAACGUGGUGUGGGGGCUCCCCCCUUGCACAUGUAUUUAAAAGGCUAAUAGCAAAACUGAGUUCAUUAUCUGACUUGUGAUCAGUUAGCAAAGUGACAGCUCAGCUGCUGAAAAUCUUGCCCACUGAGAUUGGGUUAUUGCUGCCAAAGCAGCAACAGCAGCAAAUGCCUUCAGUUGGUGAGAGAGCUUAGCUCAAGGUGUGGCAGGGGAGAUCAGGGGGGUUUUUGCUGCUGUAUACAGGUAGGUAACAAGUCUCCCCAGAAGGUCCUUUGCAGCUGUUGAAACAGAUGAGAAGUGGUUUAACAUGCUUGGUUAGAGAAUAUAAAUAUUAAUCUUCUGUGGAGCUCACAGAGUAUGGAGAUUCUUAGGUGGAGGGCACUCAGUAUAUCAGAGCACUGUGAAAGCUUUCCAACUAUCAAGACAACUGCAUCAUGUAGGAGAUGCAUCAGUUUAUGCAACAGCCAGUUUAACAGGCCUUUAAUGCAUCAGCUGCAAUUCCAAUCUAUCACUUAACUAUACAUAGCAGAGUGUAGAAUUGGUUUGAAGUGGUGAAUUUGAGGGCCUUAGAGUGAAUACAAUCUCUGUAGUAUGAAGGCAAGCUGAUGCAAAUGGCAGAGGUCACCAAAAGCUCUGAAGAAACAAUAUUUUGCUAAAACUAUUCAGAUUAAAAAUGCUGGAACAAGACCAAUCCAAUACUCAGUGAAACCUGAGUUCUCCCUACUCUGCCUUUCCAAUAAAGUGGAGGGCCCUUUUGCUUCCUCUCCUGUGUUAACACCAUAUAGUGGAAGGCAGUUAGUGGCAACAUUUUUAACUUUUUUGGGGGAAAUGUAUCCUACAACAGACAAAAUCUGCCACUUCCACCCAUGUAUAGAAAUACUGAAAUUCAUCCUUAGGCAUCAAGGAAAGCAGCUCAGAAUUAUUUUUCUGGCAGGUUUACCUCUCCCAUUUUAAGAUAAAGGCAGUGUUUGCUCCUUUGGUGUGCUGGCAGGUCCAUCAUCAGCUGCUGUGAGGUUAAACAGGUCCAGGCUGCAGCCAGGGAUGAAUGGAUGUUGUAGCAGCACCCAGAGUGUGGCACAAUAGUGACCUGUACAUUUAGGAGUGAUGUAUUUUGGAUGUUGAACCUGCCAUGGUGAGGCUGUGGGGGAAGUCUUAAACCCUGAGAGAUGGAAACACUGCCAUAGAGAUAGGGGCACCAAAAAGAGCUGGUAAAAACAAUUCUACCAAUAGAUCUGAGUGCUGGCCUCAGGAAAGAAAAAAAAACCCAAAAACUAGUUUAAAACCUAUUAUUAUAGAAAAUUACCUUUUAAUUCUGUAAAUUCACUAUCAUGGAUGUUAAAACAUGAAUGUGAGGAUAUGAAGAUAUUUUAGAAGACAACAUUAGUUUCUGUAAAAAGUUUUGGAAUGUCUGCCAUGCAACUUGAAUUGAGUGAUGACAGUCCCUUGCACACUCUUUAUAUUUCCUUCUAAUCAGACAUUAAUGGGAAUAAUAGUUAAUUGAUCCAGUUUCAGCCUAAACCAGCUAGGGCUAACUUAGUCCUGUGGCAGCAAGGGGCUCCUGCAUCUUCUCAUACAAUAAAGUCACGUACCACAGCUCUUCAGAUUAGUAUUACUGAGAAUUUUAAGGAAAGUUUUUAAUAAUUAGGCAUUUUCUUUCCUGUUUAGGCCUUGGUAUACAGAAAAAUAACAUUUUAAGACGUGUAAAAGUUUUUCAAAGUUAGUUUGCCUGUAAGUUCAUGUCUCUCAUAUAUAUCACACUUACAGGGAGAGAAGGAAAACACACCCUAUCACAAUUCUGGCCAGUUUUCUGCUUUUGCAUUUUUCUCCCUUUGUAUAACAGCUUUUUAGAUAACCUCAUGGUAUAUGUAGCUGAAGCAAAAAACCCACAGCUCCCCAAAUGUAAGCAAUUUUUAUUUCCAUCCCUCUUACCUGCAGAGCUGAAACUGAUACAGCCUUUUCAUAACCUUGGACCCAGUAGAAUUUUCCCUAAAUGAAGAGUUUCAACAGAACAAAUAGGGAAAAUUAUUUAAGACUGUAACUGACAAAUAAUAGGUUUUGAAAACUCAGAAACAUAAAGUACAGGAAAAUAAAAAGUAUAUAGAUUCCCCCUUCCCCUCCAAAAGAUCCAUCAUACUAGGAAAAUAUCCAGCAUACAUACUUUUGUAUUUUUCCUUAAAUAAUAUCAGACUUCAGCUCUGUGAAAAACAAGUAUGAGUGAAGCAGGGAUUUAUACACAUGUUGUUGCAAAAGUGCUGCUUCAAAGCCUGGUGUUGUGUUACUGUGUCAGCAACAUUUAAGUGUGGCUGUAAAGGAGGAAACCUUAAUAUCUGUUCAUGUGGGGUUUUUUAAAUUCACAUGUUCUUGUGAAAGUCAAGUGCUUUCCUGGAAGCCAAGCAGGUAUGAGCAAGAGACAAUUCACGUGCAAGUCAGCAUGGGAAGGUGCAGUUCAGUUUUGUGUUCAGGCAGUAGUGCAUUGUGUUAGAAAUCUUCAGCAAGAUACAGCUUUUGUCAUUACUGACUUGGUUUUGCUUUUCCCAGCAGACUGGAUGUACUGGGAUAUCAGAGGGCCCUCACUUUAUAGUUUUCUCUGUGUGUUUUUUCUGCUCAAGAAGGAAAUAAAUUUCUGGUUACAGUUUUACUACAGUUAACAGGCACAUUCUUGACCAACCUUUUAGAAAAUGUCUUCUGACUGAUAAUGCAAUUACAACAGUGAAGAAUACAGAGGGAGGGCUGCUACUGAUUUGUCUGUGGCUGCCUUGGAAUGCUUUAGUUUUAAAACAGUUCUCUGCUGUUCCUUUUUUUUUUUUUUUUUUUUCUUCAAUCUUGUGUAUCUCAGUAGCCAUAUCAGUCCCUGUAUUUACUGAGAUGCCCUAAGUCAAAUCUUCAUUUGUUUUUUUUGGCUUCUGCUUCUUCCUUCUAAAGGCUACUUUACAAGAUUUUAUUAUUCUUCUAUAGAAAGAUUUGACACAAAAGACCAUAGAGAAUAAGACUGAAUUUAAUCUUAUUAUUCCAGUUACAUGAUAAAUACAACAAUGAGAAAAUACCUCUGCAGUGUGUAGAGGUCAGUGUUCAAUACCUGUGGGUGCCCUGUGCAUCACAGCAGGACAGCAGUUUCCACAGAAGCAGUCACAGCUUUAUUUAGGCUGAGGGACAGAACACACAAGGAUGGCAGGUGCCUAGAAGGGGACUUGUUUAUUUCCCAGAUUUUCCACUCAGACAAGUGAUUGGAUAAACAUGAGGGCCUGAAAAUCCAGCAGCUAUGGCAAGCAUUACAAAAAAUAAAUAUACAGGCAAGGCCUUAUGGAGCACAUCAUGGCAAUGGGCUUUGACUGAGGGGCUGCUCUCCUGAGACUGCUCAGGUGCUGCUCUAAGUGCUGAAGAGGUGAUCAGUAAUUUUAGCCCAUUUGUUCCAGUCAAGUUUAGUUCCACAAAGACUGAAAAUCACUGCUCUUCAGUGGCAUUUUGUGAGGCCCAAACGAGUUAUUAGUUAACAGCAGCUCCAACACGUGCCUUGUCCUUGGUGGGCAGACUUGGCAGGAAAGCUAUGAGAAAGGGGCUGAUAUUACUAAACAGAGAUUGCUGUGGAUUUUUGAGUUCAAGAACAGGGGAGAAAAAAAUCCUGCAAAUUGUGCCACGUGUUUUAGUAUCACCUGGAUCUUUGUAUUUCAGCCUAGCAAUCAUUUGUGUGUCUGGCCUUGGGGAGGCUCUUUCAGAUACCUCAAUCUGCCAAAUCCCAGUCUGCAAUGAGCCUUCUAAAGCACAUGCUAACAGCCAGAGUUAGAACCAGCAGAGAACAGGACAGAGGAAAACAACAACAGCUUCAAAUAUAACUCAGAGAAACCUGAACAGACCUUCUACCCCAAAUCAGAGGAACUGAGGUAUAUUUAUUCUUGACAGAUGCUAGUCUAAUUUUGCAAACCUCUGUUAAAAGCCAUUCUAUGGUAUGGAAUCUGUUCAGUGCUUACCUUUUCUGACAGGCACAGUUUUUCCUAAUAAAAGUAAUCUUCCUUU